AGUAGUACUUUGAUUGACUCGGGAAUCGUACCCGUCCGUCGCUCUAGUGACCACUCGGUCAACGGUCAAGGCAGUCGCCAGCCAAACUAAAUUGUAAUGAACUAAAUUAUAAAAUUAUGCAUUUUCUUAUGUAGAAUAGAUAUUGUGGCUCCUUAUCAAUCUCCGUAGUGCCUCGAAAGUCCAUGGCUAGACUAGCACGUCUAGCCUUUUAUCUAAUAUUUGUGUCAUUGUUCUACACCAUACACCUUUUUUUUUCUUUUUGGCAACGGAGUCUCCAAAACCAUACACCUUAUUCUUGGUUUUGAUUUAGCGCCAUUUGCCGAAUACGUAACGUCGUCGUCAACAAAUGUGACCAAAUGAAAAAAGAAACUAUGCUAAAGAAUAUGCAAUUUUCUAACCCUGGAACGCGUUAAUGAAUGGCGAGAAAUCUCCGCGAGUUUUUGUUGAUUGAUAAAUCAUUCAUUCUAUUCCGUUCAUUUCAUUCCUCUUACAAUGAUGGGAUAUGACGGGUGUCUAUCGUAAAUUCGUAAAAAAAACCAUUUUGUUCAACUAUUUUAGUUACGAAAAUAUUUUGUGACAAGACAUUGUGAGUUCGCGUGUGUGCCUGUGUUAUAUUUGUGUGUUUUUCAUAAUUUUGAACUACGUUUUUCAUCGUAUUCGCUGCUCAACGUAAUUUGAUUCAAGCCAGCCAAUCAAACAAGACUGACAUCUACAUAGUAUUAUGUAGCAAGAUAUACAUAACUUAGGAUAUAUAACAUUCCAAUGUAUCAAAUCUUUAUAUUAUGAGAUCUGGCCAAAGUUUUUUAAAUUGACUACGAUUAAAUCGAAAUGGCGACUCCUGUGAAGUCGGUCGUGGAAGAGAACGAAGGUGAUGAAGCGAAGGAGAAGCUUCUAGAAGGCAAUCAAGUGUUGGUCGUGCCGGCGGCCGCGCACAAUCAAGAUGGCGGAUUGGCAGCUGUCAAGUCUUCGAAAAAAGUGAAGUUACCGGAGGAUUCGAAUGCGGUAUGCGGCGGCCGGUUCACGAUCGGUCCGGCGCCGGAGCGGGACUGGGAGAUGGUGCCACCUGACGGAAAGUGGGGAUGGUGCGUUCUCGUAGGUGCGACGCUAGUGAACAUCUUAAUUCCUGGUACGAUCAAAUCGUUUGGCGUCCUCCUAGUGGAGUUCAAUGAUGUAUUCCAGUCCAGCGCGUCUGCAUCAUCAGGCAUCGUGGCGCUGUGUUACUUCUUGUACAGCAGUUUAGGUCCUCUGUCAUCGAUAUUAUCAGUGAAAUGGUCGUAUCGUACAGUUACGCUCAUCGGUGGCAGUUUCGCGGCGUUCGGGAUGAUAUUCAGCAGCUGUGCAUUCUCUAUAACUUAUUUGUACUUCAGUUUUGGUGCAAUGGUGGGCACGGGCGCUGGUCUAGCCUUCCCGCCUACAGUGUACAUAGUGACAUCAUACUUCGUCCGGCUAAGAGGGCUGGCCAACGGGAUCUGUAUGUCGGGCAGCGCAUUCGGCAGUAUUAUACUACCGCCCGUACUUAGGUAUCUGCUUGAAGAAUAUGGGUACAAAGGCGCAGUCUUAAUCCUCGGCGGCAUAAUGCUCAACGUAUGGGCAGCUGCGUUACUCUUCCAACCAGUUGAAGAACAUAUGGUUAGGAAGUAUAAGGAACCAGAGGAGGACGAAGACGGUCCACAGUUGGAACCCUUUAUAGAAGAAGAUUCUGGUGAUUUGGAAGAUACAGAACACCCCAAGUUAACCUUGACCCCGGAGGAGGCGACCCCUAAUGACAAACACCUGAACGGGUCCCCACCAAUUUUCAAAAACCAAUCUCACGUUGCGUUGGAAGAAAACCCGAAACAGGAUUUCGCGAGAUCAGCCAGCGCAGUGCAAGUCAUGUCCAGAGAUGGCGAUCGCACCAGGAAACCAACUCCAGUGUCUUCGAGACACGGUCUACAGAAUAUAUCAAGCAAAAGCCAUUUACCUAGCAAUCCUUCUCUACUAGAAUCUGUCCCCGAAGGCCGUAGCCGAGUAAAUUCUCAAGAAGCGUUUGGCAAAAAAUUAGGAGUCCCCAAAACGCCUAAACGCAGUCCAUCUACCUCGAGUUUUCAAUACAUGUCUACGCCUUUCCACGGUUCAACAUUGUCAGCUUUCGAAAAACCAAGCGAAUUCGCCUCCCAAUUCAGUUUAAAAUCUGUAACAGAUAGUUUAGCUCCCAUAACGUAUUGUUGUGGUUGUAAAAAGAAGAGCAAAGAAGAUGACGCCAAAAAGGAACCAAGUAAAUAUUUUGAUAUACAAUUACUCAAAGAUCCUAUAUAUUUAGUCAUUCUAAUAUCUAAUUGUACUUGCGCGAUUUCAUAUACCAAUUUUAUAAUUUUAGUACCAUCUUACGCUAAAGAGUGCGGCUUUGAUAAAUCGCUAGGAGCGUAUUUACUCUCAAUUAUAUCUGCUUUAGAUUUGGUCGGCCGAAUCGGCGGUUCGGCGUUAUCCGAUUUGGUUCUUACUCCAAAACGAUAUUUCUUUAUUUUUGGUCUCUUACUAUCUGGUAUAAGUUUGUCCGUGAUACCGUUAGUUUCAAGCUAUUCUGCUAUAAGCGCUUUUUGUUCUAUAUUCGGUAUAGCUUCUGGGAUUAACGUAGGGGUAACAGCGUUAGUCAUGACUGAAAUGUUGGGUACGGAACGGCUGAUGUCGUCAUACGGGAUUAGUCUCUUUGUAAACGGGAUUUUACAGUUAAUAGGGCCCCCUAUAUGUGGAUUCUGGUUUGAGUAUACAAAGUCCUAUAAAUCAUUAUUUGUUACACUAGGGUUCGUCCUAAUCUUCGGCGCUGCUUUAUGGGGUUUCGUACCUUUAAUACAUAGGAGAAGACGUUUGGCCCAAACGAAUAAAGAAGGUACAGACAAAGCGUAGUAUAUAAUUCUUUUAACAACGGUGAUGUCAGUAUUUGGAAUGAAUAUAUAAAUAUGUCACUCCUAUAAAAGAUUUUUCAAAGUGCACCUUAUAGUAACGAUUAUAAAGUUUAAUUUCGUCCCGUUGUCAUUAUAUAUGGGGAUUUUGAUUAAGUAUAUACUUAUUUUAAUUAUAAAUACUAUCCAGUAUAUCUCAGAUGCGAGAAUUAAUUCGUGAUUAUAUGUAUGUACAAAUUUCAUAAUAGCUUAGCUGUCGCUAAGAUAUGUUGGGUACUAAUAAAUACAAUUACAUAUAAUGCUUAUAAAUAUAAUUAUAAAAUCAUGGUUAUAUAUAAUAUAACAGAAAUAUAAAUCUUACAUUUAUUACUACAAGACGUUUGUCUGUUAAAACAAGUAAUAUAUAUAAAACAAUUUUUACUUAAGCUCUGUUUUACCAAUCAAGCCCUUCGUUAGAUGUGGACAAAAUUGAUUAUAAUAUUAUAUGGUCAUCAAGAUUAAGAAUAUCUAUCAAAUAUCAGGGUGCUUACUCUUGAAAC